CCUCCUACUAUUCUCAAAUUUUCGUUCUGUACCCUUUCCCCUUCCCCAUUUGAUGUAAACAAAGUUCGCUUCUGCUACUUCGAAAUAUAAUCUCUCGCACUUCUACUGCCCCGUAGCGAUUCUCUUUCUCUCUCAUCGGGUUAACCGGAAAAUGGCUGAGCCGGUGACAAACGAUCGUGCCGAAGGGAUCUCGCUGCUCGGAGAUCAAGUCAACAAUGACCGGUCAUGGCAAUUGAACUUCGAGGAUUACCAGGUUUCCCCGGAUUACAAGGACAAGAAACAGCCGAACAAGCUCCACGAUUGCCUUGGUUGUUUGGGUCCUGAAGAUGAUGUGGCAGAUUACUACCAGCAGCAAGUAGAGAUGCUUGAGGGUUUUAAUGAAAUGGACGCACUUGCUGAACGUGGUUUCGUCCCUGGAAUGUCCAAGGAAGAGAGGGAGAAGUUGGCCAGAAGCGAGACAUUGGCAAUAAGGAUAUCGAAUGUUGCGAACAUGAUUCUUUUCGUUGCUAAAGUCUAUGCUUCUGUCAGAAGUGGUUCUUUAGCCAUCAUUGCAUCCACAUUGGACUCUCUUCUUGAUCUUCUUUCUGGCUUCAUCCUGUGGUUUACUGCGUUCUCGAUGCAGACACCGAACCCGUAUCAGUAUCCCAUUGGGAAGAAAAGAAUGCAGCCAUUGGGAAUCCUUGUAUUUGCAUCAGUGAUGGCGACACUAGGACUGCAGAUUAUCUUGGAAUCUAUUCGCACUAUGAUAUCAAAUGAAAAUGCUUUUAACCUGACCAAAGAGCAAGAGAGAUGGGUCAUUGGCAUUAUGCUUUCGGUUACCCUGGUCAAGUUCCUUCUGGUUAUUUACUGCAAAUCUUUCAGUAACGAGAUUGUUAAAGCUUAUGCACAAGAUCACUUCUUUGAUGUCAUCACGAAUAUCAUUGGACUUAUUGCCGCACUUCUCGCAAAUUACAUCGAUGAUUGGAUUGAUCCUGUUGGAGCUAUCAUUCUCGCGUUAUACACAAUCCGAACAUGGUCAAUGACGGUGUUGGAAAACGUGAACUCCCUUGUCGGGAAAUCGGCAGCGCCAGAAUAUCUGCAGAAACUGACUUACCUCUGUUGGAACCACCACAAAGCCAUCAGGCACAUUGACACAGUCAGGGCAUACACUUUCGGCUCCCAUUACUUUGUGGAAGUAGACAUUGUCCUGCCUGCAGAUAUGCCCCUGCAAGUGGCACACGACAUCGGGGAAUCGCUCCAAGAGAAGCUCGAACUGCUCCCCGAGAUAGAACGGGCCUUUGUUCACCUCGAUUACGAGUAUACCCACAAACCCGAGCACGCAAAAGCUCACUGCUAGCCGGAAAAUAUCGAGAUUCCCUUUCGUUAAUGCCUAAGGUUUAUGAAGUGUUUAGAUUGGUUCAAUGAUGGAGAAGGUACUGAGAGUCGGGUAGCGAGUUCUUUCUUUUGCAAGAUUAUUUUCCAGAAUGUAACCGUUAGUGACUGGUAAGCAUUUAGCUCCGUAAUGUCUCCUGAACGGUUCAUUAAUUUCUGUCUCAAGAUUUGGAACUUUGCGUAAUGAAACCGUUACUACAAACCAA